GCCCUAUAAAAGAGAACAAUCAGCCAAACCUGUUCCAAUUUCCAAACAGAAGCAUAUGCCAUCGUCAUCGCUUCAAAGCGUGAAUAUCCUUUCCCUCGCCUUCUCAGUCUGCGAAUCUAGAAUUUCAAGAGAGAGAGAGAGAAUGGAGGCGAUUGGGAUCGAAAACCAACCUGAAGCUCUGCGAUCGCAUCUCGCCGUUCGUUGCGCCAAAGCCGCAUUGUUCCUUUCGCGUCUGAAAUUCCCCCGAAAUCGCUCAACGUACUCAACAACCUUCACCGAACACCAGGGAAGGGAGAUGGAGUUGAGUAGGACGGUGGAGGAUCUGAGGAGGAAACUGGUGAGGGAGAGAUUGAAGAAUCGGAGGGUGAAGCUUUGCGGCGUGAUGGAGUUGCUUCUGCAGAUGGUGCUUUUGCUGUCUCUGUGGACUCUCUGUUUGAUGCUCGUCCUCAAAUUCCUCUGAGAAAUUUGUCACAUCGUAAUCACCUAUUACACCAUGUUCGCUGACGAUCUGAGAUCGAUAUGAGCUAGUAAUUCGAAAUACUGUUAGGAAACAUUUUGAUCCACUACAUACAUAGUCGCUUGUAUGCAUAAGCAAGGAUGAUCUUUCGCAUGCUGUAGAUGAACACCACAUCGCCGGCAUUGUCCGUCAUUUAGAGCUCACUUUCAUUUUAAUUGCAGUGGUAUGAAUAGAAAUUAAAAACAAGCUUAUUUUGAAUUCUA